GCUGCGCGUUCACAAACCCUCCCUUUUUCCUUGCGGCAGGAGCGCGCAGCGAAUCCUGGCCAAACUCGAUCGCGAGGCGAAAGCAUCCGUCGAGCAGCUCAGCAUCUUGCUGGGAGAAACAUGUUUCUUCCGCCACCUAUCAUCACCGUAGUGCGCGCCUGCCAAAAACAUGUGAACGGAUUCACUAUAUGCGAGAAAUAGCCUAUACUUCAAGCAACCAUUAAUUAUUAUUACCACAUAUAUUCCAUAACUCUCCGUCGAUCCAAAGGUGACUGGAAGGAUUGGGAAAAACUAUCUGACAGGUUCUGAAAAUGGCAGUGACAUACCUUUACUUGCUUGUACUGUGGACAGCUAUCUUUGGUGGCGCACAAUGCUGCCCCCAACCCUGCAACUGCCAGGAUAAAUAUGCCCACCAUGUUGCUGACUGCGCCUAUAAAGCACUUACUGAGGUGCCCGUUGGACUGCCACCCAACGUGACAACCCUUAGCCUCUCCGCCAACAAAAUCACAGCGCUGAGGGCCAAGAACUUUGUGGAUGUGACGCAGGUGACGUCCCUGUGGCUGGCCCACAACGAGAUUGCGAGCGUGGAGCGGGGCACGCUGGCCCCUCUGCUCCAGCUCAGGAACCUGGACCUCAGCAAUAACAAGAUUGUCAGCUUCCCCUGGGGGGACUUCUCCAACCUCACCGCCCUGCAGAUGCUGAAGAUGAGCAACAACGAGAUGGUCAGCCUGCCCAAGGACGCCUUCUCCAACCUCAAGGACCUGCGGUCGCUGCGCAUCAACAACAACAAGUUCACCACUAUCGUGCAGGGGACGUUCGACGCUCUCAGCUCCAUGUCCCACCUUCAGAUAUACAACAACCCGUUCACCUGUUCCUGCAGGCUCGAGUGGCUGAGAGACUGGAUGGCUGAGGCUACGAUCUCCAUCCCGGAGCAAAACUCCAUCACCUGCGAGGCCCCUGAGCAGCUGAAAGGCGCACUGGUUGUGAAAAUGCCCAAGUUAGAGUGCUUGGCCCCGACGGUCACCAUAACCUAUCAGCCCAACAUCGAGAACACCGAGCUCUAUGAAGGCUUCAUGCUGAUCCUGAACUGUGAGUCCAAGGGGAGCCCCAGGCCAGACCUCAAGUGGCAAAUACUUGCAGGAAACCAGUUCAUUGAGUUCAAUUUGCCUGCCAAUGUCAGUGAGAAAAACAGCCUGGAUAGUAAGAAGUUUGGUAAUCGUUUCCUGGUGUUUUACAACGGCACCCUCAUCAUUCCUCGCAUGAGCAAAAAAGAGGAUGGGAACUACAGCUGCUCGGCCAUCAACGAACUGGGCAAGGCUCAGAGCUCGGUCAAAGUUGCGGUUGCGGGUGCCCAGAAACACGCCACUAACUCCAUGCUUGACCCAACAUCAGAUAAGGGCCGUUCUUAUGACCGCCAGCCUGGGGCUAAGACCUCUCUGAACAGUGUAAUCACCUGGUCCAAGCCUGAAGAGAAGGGCAAGAGCGCUCCAACUGGGUCAACAUACAUCACCGUGGAUACUGAGAAAGGCGGGCAGGACCCACAGUUUGCCAGCAAAUGUGGCAUUAAGGACGGCACCCACUACAUCUCUAACCAUGCCUUCAACCUGAGCUCAGGGGAGCUGAAGCAGUACACAUUCGACUUUGGUGUCAUUGCCUUGGAAGUGUCUGAGACCGAGGCCAAGGUACAACUCAACCCUCUCCAGCUGCCCAGUGCCAAGUCCACCCUACACCUCAGUCCCCCUCAAGAGCUGGAAACUGUGAAUAAAGAGCCCUUUUACCUGUACCAAACAUCUGCCAAAAAAGUACCCCUUGACAUGUUGUAUUUAUGUGUGAAUACUGGCAAUGGACAUUCAGUGGUUCAGUGGUCACGGAUCGAGGAGGGCAUUAAUGCUUAUCGUUUUAAAGGCCUUCAGCCUGGAACCAAUUACACACUCUGUCUCACCUAUGGGGGUGAAGAUUGUCAGGUCCAAGUUGUCUUCACCACCAGGAAGAAGAUCCCUUCCUUGCUGAUCAUAUUGGUGGUGAGCAUAUUUUUGCUGGCGCUGGCGACAGUACCGCUGUUGGGCGCGACCUGCUGCCAUUUACUGUACAAAUACCAAGGCAAGACGUACAAGUUGAUCAUGAAGGCGCAGAAUCCCGAUCAGAUGGAAAAACACAUGGCCGCCGAUUUCGAUCCCAGAGCGUCGUUCGUCGAGUCCGAGAAGAACUACACCGCCAGCGAGCUGGGCGAAGGAGAAGCGGGAGGUGAGAAAGAGGAAGAGGAGGACGAAGGAGAAGCGGAGGGUAGCGUGGUUACUGAGUCAAUUCCCGAGUCGCAGUCCAAAACUAAUCAGGAGGAAUUCGAAGUGGGCUCCGAAUACAGCGACCGAUUACCGCUUGGCGCCGAGGCGGUAAACAUCUCCGAAGAAAUUAAUGGCAACUACAAACAGCCAGGCCGUUGAAGCACCUGUUACCCAGUGUCAGUGUGUAAGAUAGUUUUUUUCGACAAGGUUUUAAACCAGGUAACCUUACCAUUCAUUGUUUCGCGUGAUGUUAGAGGCAUGCUAAAAGCGGCUCAGUCAUUUAACAUCCGCAGAAUGCCAGUCAGACAAUAAUAUAAUGCACCACAUACGUAUAGUAUUUUACUGUGAUAAAUAAUUAAAACGCCUGUUAUUAUGGUUUAUGCCAUCGACGGAGAGUAACAUUUUUAUCAGCGGCCACGCUGAUAUGCAUUUUAAAAAGCUCGGACAACAUGUUAUGGGCACACUUUUACAGAAACAUUUUUGUAAAACUAAAAGCACUUUUUUCCAGUCUCAGUGCAUAGUUAUUACUGAUACUUCACUGAUAGUGAAAUGAAGAUCUAGUCAGAUCUGAUAUGUUAAAUGUAACCGAAAAGACACUUUUAUGCACGGCUUGGACCACCAUUCGUCCUCGCCGUGUUUUUAUGCGUGCGUCUCAGCAGGUCGAAGUCAAAGUGUGUCGACUUCCUCUCUGGCUGAAAUCUAAAGGGAAUCUCAUUAUUACUGUAGCCUGCCACGAAUAAUAGCGGACCAUCCAGGUAACUGCCAAUACACGGUGUUAAAUGUACUGUGGAGCUCUAAAAUGUGUGAGUUUAAACUGUUUAAGACUACGGGUGCUCAAUAUCCUCUCACUUUUCUGAAACAUUCUAUCCUUUCUCUAUGUAAAUAUUGUCCGUGGCAUGUCACACAUACGUAUUUUCACGUGUGCUUUAAUACCGCAUAGGACGUUAGAUAUACUUACUGUAAUUAUGUGAUGUAAACCAGAUAAAAUGGUUUUUUGUAAACAACGCUUCUGAACGUCUGACGGCUUUGAGUGUACUGUGAAUCGAUUCAUAGUGGGUUUUAAAUGCCUAAAUGUCCAACAAUGUUUUAAAGACCCACCACCCUUUUACCUCUUUUGAUAUGAUUUUAUG